ACUCCCACACUCUCCCAUCUCUCUCCCUUUCUCUCUCCUCUCUCUCUCCUCUUUAACGCACCCCUUCUCUUUUUCUCACUCUCUUGCAUUUUUUAGGGGACUCUUCUCUGCAACUCACCCCAGAGACCCAUACUCUUAGGCCUGACCUUUAAUGGUGGUUCCACCCCUCCACUCCAAGCACCUACUACAGAUCGAAGAGGGGGCCAUUAGAAUGCUGAGACCAAAUGAAAAGGCAUUCUCAUGCCCUAGACCUCCAUUAAUGGAUAGAAGGUGGAAAGGAGGCAUUGAAUCCGCUCCCCAUUGUCCUCGUUGUGACUCACCUAACACCAAGUUUUGCUAUUACAACAAUUACAGUCUCACUCAGCCGCGAUAUUUUUGCAAGAGUUGCAGGAGAUAUUGGACUAAAGGUGGCUCUUUAAGGAAUGUGCCGGUUGGAGGAGGUUGCCGGAAAAACCGGCGAUCGAAACCCAGCAAAGUCACCGGAAAUUCGAAUCCCAGCAACCGGUCAUCUGAAUCCGCAAAUUCCGGGGAAGAACUGAUGGAAAAUUGGCCCGAUUUCAGUGAAAUUCCAGCAAAUUCAGAGCCUGAAAAUAGUGGGGCUUCGAUAGACUUAGCCAUGGUUUACGCAAGGUUCUUAAGGCCGACGGACACUACAGGAAACAGCAGCAGCUCUGAUUCAAUGCUCCAGGUUCCAGACUUAGUCUCUGAAACCCCAAUUUUGGAUCCCGAACUCGAUAUCGCUUUGGAUCACGGUAAGAUGUUUCGGCAUGGAAAUUCUAUGGACCAAGGUAUACUAGGGACUCAAUUAAUUGGGGGUUUUGAUGAGAUGAAGAUUAGAGACAUAAGCAAUUCAUCUUCUUCUUGUGAGUAUAACCAUGGAUUCAUUAGCGGCUUUAAUGAUAUUUUAUGGCCUAAUUACAGUAACAAUAACAAUGUUGGGCCUUUGAUUUCAUCAACUAAUUGCAAUUGGCAAGAACAGUGGCAACAGCAAGGGCCAUUAUUAGAUGGGAAAGAGGAAAUGGGACUAGGGGGAUUAAGCCCAAAUCUCAUGGUUGGCAACUGGAAUUCUGAUCUUGCUACCCACUCCUUUGCCAAUCCUUGAGAACCGUUGAAAAGAUUUGCUCUGUUCUCCUGUGUAAUUUACAGUGUGCUGCUUCCCUGUACUUUUAUACGUAACUAUAUAUAUCUAUAUCUAUAGGAAGUAUAAAUAUCAAAAAGGAAGUUGGUAUAUCUUCAGUGUU